UGAUGAGUGAUGAAUAUUGCUCUUUUGUGUAUGUGUCUUUCUUAGUAGGAGCUUCUUGUUACUAGUAGUAAGGAUGCUCCUAGUAGUACGGCCAGGAGCCCCUAGUAGCAUCCUUGCUCCUAGUAGCGAUGCCAGGAGCCCCUAGUAGCGUCCGAUCGCUCUUGUCCAACGCAUUGUAGCCGAAAUGACCUCGUGAUGCCGGUGUCGCAGAAUCCGCAAGGCGAAAUUGACACGAAUUUGAGUCUGAGGCAGAGUCGAAAAAUAGAGUGUUUCCGCGACCCGUACAGCGUCAACAGUCAAAACAAAAAACCGUCGACUCUGUUAGGAAGGCCUUGGGUCUGAAAACGAACCGGAAGGAAGGCUUGAAAGGCGACCGGCGAGUGUCAAGUUGGACUUUCUAAGGAAUAAACAGAUCAAAAGAACAAUUAAUUCUCAUUCAUAUAGUAACAAGGAUGCUACUAGUAGCUCCUGGCAUUACUACUAGGAACAAGAAGCUACUAGGAGCAAGGCCACUACUAUUCGUUUCGAUGUGUUUCUUUUUCCGUGAACUUUCUCAAAGUCCUUGGACGACACUGGGGCGCACCCUCGUGAUGCGCCUGGUCUUCGCGCUGCUGGGCCCAGCGCUACCAGUUGCACUCGGUGCGGUGCCAAGCUGUGCGAUUGCAGGGCAGGGGUUGGAGGCCAUCGCUGGUAGGUUUGAAGCUCUAGUGGCCUUUUUCGAUUUGGUUUGCUCAAGAAAGCAUCGCGCCUCGCUAUCCAACCUGAGACUUACCCUUGCCCAACACGGCGACAUCGCAGCAUUGCCACGCAUUCAUUUUGUUUAGCAUUGUCGUGUUGAAGGAGUUCCACACGUUCCUUGAUCAGUUGGCUUGAGGGUCAAGGUUCUAGCCAGUUAGAUUAAGAUCACAGAGAAAUCUUACAGCGAAGGUAUUUUAUUGUUUUUCCUCCGCCUUCAUUCUUCUUCUUUGCCUGCCUAUUUCUUCCUUGAAGCUUUGAAACGUUGAUUCGAGCAGGUAUGAUGACCCGGCCCGGAGCCACAAAACUCGUUUCUUCCUUUUUGCGUUAUGCGUUUCCUCAAACGUUGUUAGACACGAUUGAGGUGGUUACUUCGGCAAAUGGUGGGACAGGCAUUGAGGAUGCCUUGACUUGCCAGGCUUUGUGUGCUGCGCGGCUUUCUUGCUCUGUGUUCACUUACUAUUCUGCAGAUGGAGGCUGUUGGCUGCAAGGUUCGGGUUUGAGGCCCAAGCCAAUGCCAGGAGCAACAGCUGGCCCAAGGUCUUGCCCAGAGAGCACUUUUCCUGAGGCCAACGAGGCCAGCGAGGCCGAGGCCAACGGCGAUUCGAUUGUUAUCACGGCAGCGCCCAUGGCGCCCAUUGAUGUCACGACUCCUAAGCCCUCACGCUUCAUCAAGGCUGGCGACCAACUGUACUUCGCAGAGGGCAACAACCCACGAAGGAUCCAUUUGGUCCGCUUUCAUUGCACUGGCUGUGAAGAAGCAUGCCAGACCUACAUCACCGUCAAUCCAGAUUACGUGGCUUCUUUGCAACAGGAUUUGGAUUUCACCUGUGCCAUGCUGGUGUCCACCACUACGGUGGAACCUGGAGAGUUUCAGGUGUCCUCGGUCUCCUCGUCACCGUGGUGGUGGCCUCUUCUUUUGUGUCUUUUGCUUUGCUGUUGCUUAGCAGGUUUUCUGAUCUUCGAUGAAGAUUGGCAGAGGCGUGCCAAGGGCAUGGUGAAGAACUCCAGCAGCUCAGGCAAAGCUGAGCGGCAGCCGCUCACCGGGAGCCAUGGCACUGAAGGCUCCGAACUUUCGGCCUUGCCUGCUUCGGUACUGGGGCCAGGGCCGCCUGUUUCUGGCACCACCUAUACGGUCAAGGAGCAUCAGCCUCGCCUUUUCGCCGCCUGAGAAGACCAUAGGAGUUCGUCUCACCUGAGUCCAAAUCGGCCGAGCGCAGCCGAGCGCAGCCGAGCGCA